UUUCACCGAGACACCCACAGGGCAAACGAGGACAGGGCCCGAGCGACCUCGGCAGACGCCCCGCCGGCGCCGGUCAGGCACCGGGGGUAAAGGCCGAGCUCCAGCUCAGGCGUGUAGGACCGAUGGUUGUCCGGGCUCCGCGGUCCUGCCUCGCUCGUGACGUCCAGCAGCUCCGAGCAGCCGAGAGGGCGGAGUCCCUGCCUGCUCACGCCCUGUGACAGCGGGGCCACUUAGUGCGUACCCCACGGUGGGGCCUCUGUGCGGCGAAGCUGGGGGACCGCUCUCGCCCUCGGACGGGCCCGUUUUGGGCACGCAGUCUUCGUUCUUUUCCGCUCUUGGGAACCUACGACGGUCCCUUGACAGCAGGUCCCACCCACCAGGCUGGGGGCGUGCCCGGAAGUGCCCUGCGGCCUCGGGAGCGCGCGGCGUGUCACCAUGGCGACGGCCGGGGCCCCGCGGCGCUUCUGCCGCUGCGCCUGCUUCUGCACCGAGAACCUGUACGUGGCGCGCUACGGGCUGCACGUGCGCUUCCGGGACGAGCGCCAGCUGCGCCGGGACUACGGCGCGGUUCUGCGCGCCCGAGGCUGCGUCGGCGCCGAGGAUUUCCGGCAGCUGCUGGCAGAGCUCGAGCAGGAGGUGGGACGGCGGCGGCGGCUGGCGCAGGAGUCGGCUGCCCGGAGAGCCCUCAUUGCCAGCUCCUACCUCCCGGCCCGGCCGGACGUGUACCGCUCGCUGCAGGAGGCGUCUCUGGCCCCUGAGUUUCUGGCUGCAGCUGAGUACAGCUCGACCCCGGGCGCAGGCCUGGAGGGCCUUCUCCAGCGGCUGGAGACGGUGUCCGAGGGGAGGCGCAUCUACCGGGUGCCCGUGUUCGCCGCGCCCUUCUGCCGCGCCCUGCUGCAGGAGCUGGAGCACUUCGAGCAGUCGGACCUGCCCAAGGGACGGCCCAACACCAUGAACAACUACGGGGUGCUGCUGCACGAGCUGGGCCUGGACGAGCCCCUGGUGACCCCCCUGCGGGAGCGCUUCCUGCAGCCCCUGACGGCCCUGCUGUACCCCGACUGCGGCGGGGGCCGGCUGGACAGCCACCGUGCCUUCGUGGUCAAGUACGCCCCGGGCCAGGACCGCGCGCUGGGCUGCCACUACGAUAACGCCGAGCUCACCCUCAACGUGGCCCUGGGCAAGGCCUUCACGGGGGGCGCCCUGUACUUCGGGGACCUCUUCCAGGCACCCGCAGCCCUGACGGAGCCCUUGGAGGUGGAGCACCUGGUGGGCCAGGGCGUCCUGCACCGGGGCGGCCAGCUGCACGGAGCCCGGCCCCUGGGCACCGGCGAGCGCUGGAACCUCGUCGUCUGGCUCCGGGCCUCUGCCGUGCGCAACCGCCUGUGUCCCAUGUGCCGCCGGGAGCCCGACCUGGUGGACGACGAGGGCUUCGGCGACGGCUUCACGCGGGAGGAGCCCACCACGGUGGACGUGUGCGCGCUGACCUGAGUCUGGCAGGCGCGGGCUUGCAGGGGCAGAAAUAAACGCCAGGCGCGCGACUCCUA